AUGAUUGAUUAAAUCUUAAUUAAGAGAAGAAAAGGAGAAUAUAUAGAAUAGGAAGGAAAAGCCAUCAAUAUUUAAUUAAAUUCAACAAGCCAAACCAUUUUGAGUCUUAAGAAGGAGAUUGCUAAAAUAACCAAAAUCAAACCAAUAAGAUAAUGGUUGACAACAGAGGAUAAAUAAAAAGUAUUUGAGGAUAAUGAGCUACCAUUGAAUCUUUCAGGAAUUAAAAAUGGUCAGACAUUAGUAGUGAAAGAUUUGGGACCUUAAAUGCUCUGGGGUGCAGUAUUCUACAUCGAAUACCUAGGGCCAAUUUUAAUGUUCUUUCUACUUUAUAAGUUAGGUAAUUAAGAGAAUUACACACUUAUGCAAAAAAUAGCUUAUUGGAUGGUGAUUUUACACUUCCUCAAAAGAAUUUUAGAAACUAAAUUUGUUCAUGUCUUCAGUAGAGAUUCUAUGCCCCUAAAAAGAGCCUUAAUUAAUUGUUUGCAUUAUUGGAUAUUUUGUGGAUUUUGUAUUGGGAUUGAAUUGUUCUAUUUAAGAAGUUUUGAAAAACGAUAAUCUUGGAAAUUUAUUUUUGUUGCAUUUUUUGGAUUGUUUGAAUUUUUGAAUUUAAUGUGCCACAUCAGACUCUCAAGCUUUAGAAAAAAACUUGAAUUAAAGUAAAGUGAUGCCGAUUACGUUGCUUAAAACAAAUAAAGAUAAAUUCCAUACGGUUGGGGUUUUGGAGCAGUUUCAUCUGCAAACUAUUUCUGGGAAACAAUGGCCUGGGUUAGUUUUUCAUUAUUUACUUGUUCAUACGCAGCUAUUGCAUUUACAAUAUUUUCUUUUGGUUAGAUGCUUAUUUGGGCAAAAUAAAAACAUAGACGAUACAUCAAGGAGUUUGGAGAUAGAUAUCCAAGAAAUAGAAAAGCUAUGGUGCCUUACAUUAUCUGA